AUGUCUUCCGCGGUCAUUCGCAAUUCCUUCAAGAUGGCUUCGCGGCCGCAACAACGAUUGGCUAGCAUCCAAAGACAGUUCAGCAGCUCUGCGCCACAAAGGAAGGAGAUUCGAGAUGCAUACAUUCUGAGUGCCAGUAGGACACCAACCGCAGUGUUCAAUGGCAACUUUACAACGGUUUCGGCACCGCAAUUAGGCGCCACGGCCAUCAAGUCCGCCCUGGAGAAAUCAAAGGUCCCAGUAUCAUCUAUUGAUGCCGUGUACAUGGGCAAUGUGCUUGGAGGUGGCGUUGGACAAGCACCCGCACGACAAGCAGCCAUCUUCGCCGGUCUUCCUACAAACAUCGAAGCCACCACCAUCAACAAGGUAUGCGCCUCAGGCCUCAAGGCUGUCAGCAUUGCCGCAUCUACCAUCGAGCUCGGACAGGCGGAAGCUCAGGUCGCGGGAGGAAUGGAAAACAUGACAAGAGUCCCAUACUACCUGAGCCGAGCAAGCCAGCAGCCAGCAUUUGGACACCAGAAGUUGGAGGACGGUCUCAUCUCCGAUGGUCUAUGGGACGUCUACAACCAAAUCCACAUGGGCAACUGCGCAGAGAACACGGCCAAGAAGUACGAGGUCUCAAGGCAGGAUCAGGAUGAUUACGCUAUUGAGACAUACAAGCGCGCGCAACAGGCGUACAAGGACGGGCUCUUCAAGGACGAGAUUGUACCGGUUACCGUCAAGACAAGAAAGGGCGAGACCGUCGUCUCAGAAGAUGAGCAAUACAACAAGCUCAAGCUUGACAAGGUCGCGACGCUGAAGCCGGCUUUCGAAAAGGGACCAAAUGGAUCCGUCACAGCGGCCAACAGCUCGCCCCUGAGUGACGGCGCAUCAGCCCUGGUUCUCGGCAGCAAAGAUAUUGCACAAAAGUACGGCAAGGACAGCCGUGUACUGGCCAAGAUCGUCACCUACGCUGACGCUGCUCUGGACCCCAUUGACUUCCCCGUCGCUCCUGCCGCCUGCGUCGACAAGCUCCUCGCUCAAUCCGGCCUCUCCAAGUCUGACAUUGCCAUCUGGGAAUUCAACGAGGCUUUUGCCGCCGUCAUCAAGGCAAAUGCAAAGAUCCUCGGUCUCGGUACUGAAAAUGUCAAUCCCCGCGGUGGCGCUAUUGCCCUUGGUCACGCCCUUGGUAGCUCUGGAAGCAGGAUAUUGGUUACCCUGCUACAUCAGUUGAAGGAUGGGCAGUAUGGCGCGGCUGUUAUCUGCAAUGGUGGCGGUGCAGCGUCGGGUAUUAUUGUGCAAAAGGUUAGUGCGGAUCAGCUGUGA